AUGCGUCUUCUCCCAGUUCUGGUCGUGUCGGCCUUUCUUCCUCUGAUCUCCGCUGUCCCCGCCGGUUCAAGCAUCACCCCACCGCCUCUACAGUCCAUCCACCUCCAGUCCGACCCACGUCGCCCAUGGACUAGACUCCGCGACUGGGUCAUCGGUUCAAUAUGGAACCUUGAUCGCACCUGUUCGAAAUAUUCCUCCCCUCCCUCCAAUAUUCAUCAUCGCUAUGGCAGCGAUGUCGUCCUCCGUUUCCACUUGCGUCAACCGGAUGAGGCAGUCGCAUUAUCGUCUGCCUCCCAGGUGCUGUUUCUGGAUAUCUGGGCCAUCACUUCGGAAUUCGUGGAUAUCAGACUGGCGGAAGAAAUGAUCCCUUCCCUGCUUGACCUUCUCCCUCUCACCCUCCGCAGCUCUUACACCCCUCUUAUGGAUAAUCUCGCCGAUAAGAUCUACGCUUCCUACCCUUCCCGUCAACACGAGAAUCCUGACUUUGGAGAGGGUGCAGUGCUGGGUGGACAGAAGACGGCGGCAAUUGGUGAUCUCUUCUUCCAGGAGUACCAACCACUGUCUGUCAUUUCGCAAUGGAUGCGACUGAUGGCGUCAAUGUUCUCCUCACAUGUACGCCUGACUAAUAUUGGUCUCUCAUACGAGGGUCGCAAUAUCCCAGCAUUGCGACUCGGCGCCCCUUCUGCAGAGUCGCCCGCCUCGGAACCCCGCAAGACAAUCGUCAUUGUAGGUGGAAGCCAUGCCAGAGAAUGGAUCAGCACAUCGACCGUGACAUACGUAGCGUACAGUCUGAUCACACAUUAUGGCUACUCACCCGCAGUGACGCGGCUGCUACAAGAGUACGAUUGGGUUUUGAUCCCGACUCUGAAUCCAGACGGAUACGUCUACUCAUGGGAAUCCGACCGCCUUUGGCGCAAGAAUCGUCAGCCAACGGGUCUUCCCAUCUGUCCUGGUGUUGACCUGGAUCGGAAUUGGGAUUACGAGUGGGAUGGUGAGUCGACUCGCUCAAAUCCUUGCUCCGAGAACUAUGCAGGCGCGGAGCCAUUUGAGGCCAUUGAAUCCCAGCGCUUGGCGCAGUGGGCUAUGAAUGAGACCGCACAUGGCCGCGCCGAUAUCGUAGGCUUCUUGGACCUUCACUCCUAUUCUCAACAAAUCUUGUACCCGUACUCCUACACCUGUUCGUCUGUACCUCCUACCCUGGAGAGUCUGGAAGAACUCGCGUUGGGGCUGGCGAAGUCGAUCCGCCAGACAUCACACGAAUCCUACGAUGUGACCUCAGCGUGCGAAGGGAUCCUUGCAACUGGGACUGCGGGGGUCACCUCGGGUGGCAGUGCCUUGGAUUGGUUCUACCACAAGAUCCACGCCAGAUUCUCGUACCAGAUCAAACUUCGUGACCGAGGCAGCUAUGGCUUCCUCUUGCCCGCGGAGCACAUUGUGCCGACGGGCAAGGAAAUCUUCCAAGCUCUGUUGACCUUUGGCAAGUUUGUCUGGGGCGAGGCCUCAGAUCUUGACCUUGAGCAUUUGAAAAACGAGCAAGUUCCUCUAGCAAACAUAUGA